ACUAGAUUAUAUUUUUAUAUUAUAAAUUUAUAUUAAUUUAUAUUUAAUUUAAAUUUUACUUUAAUAAUUAAAUGAUAAGAAAGUAUACUGUGGCUCUGAUUAAUAACUUAUCCCAUAAGGGAAGAAUCAGAGGAAGCAGUUACUCAUUUUACCUGCCAAAACGCUCAAUAACUCACUCAUCAACUAGAAUAUAUAGUUUAAAAAGAUCAAUAGAUGAGGAUAUCCUACGAGGAAAGUUAAACGAAUUGAAUUUGAGAGAAGCAAACAAUUAUGAUCCAAGGAUCGUAAUAAGAGCAGUUGAAUCCUGCCAUAACAACACAUUUCCCAAGGAUGAAGGAGUUUUAAAGGAGUAUUUAAGGGCUCUGGUUUUAUCAAAUACACUUUACAGUAGAUCCCUUAGGCCUUUAGUUGAACCACCAAACACAAACUUCACUGAUAAUAAAAUUAACGAUAAAAUUUUAAACUUGUUAGAUCGCAAUGAGAUAUACCUGAAAGUUGAUGAGAAGAACCCGAUCCAUGUAGUAGUUAAUCCCUCUUCAGGGAAUAACCUAUGGAAAUUCUUGAGGAAAUUUGUGUCCUUUUCAACCUUGGUCCUGUUCUUCGGAAGCUUUGUACUCAUGUUUAACCAGAAUUUACAUAGAAGUAUGAAACACUCAUUUAAGGUGAUAACGCCUGACGAGUCCGACACAACAUUCGACGAUGUAAAGGGCUGUGAUGAGGUUCGAGAAGAGCUGGAGGAGAUGAUAGAAUACUUAAAAGAACCGUCGAAAUUCGCCAAACUUGGAGCUAAACUGCCUAAAGGGAUACUGUUGGCAGGUAGUCCAGGCACAGGAAAAACCCUCAUUGCAAGAGCACUUGCAAGUGAAGCUGGAGUCCCUUUCAUUCACGCCUCAGGCUCUGAAUUUGAAGAGAUGUUUGUAGGAGUUGGUGCAAGGAGAAUCAGGGAUUUGUUUAAAACUGCAAAAUCAAUUUCUCCUUGCAUUGUGUUCAUAGAUGAACUAGACGCUGUGGGAAGUAGAAGAUCAUCCAUGGACCACAACAGUGUUAGGAUGACCCUAAACCAACUUUUGGUUGAGUUGGAUGGGUUUGCUAAACACGAGGGAAUAGUAGUUCUCUGUGCAACUAACUUCCCAGAAAGCCUUGACCCAGCUCUUGUAAGACCAGGAAGAUUAGAUAAAACAGUAUACAUACCACUACCUGACAUGAAGGGAAGACUUGAAAUACUGAAACACUAUGCCAGUAAGAUGAUUUUAUCUAGUGACAUUGAUCUUACUACCAUGGCCAAACGCACAGUUGGCAUGACCGGAGCUGACCUUUUCAACAUACUAAACACAGCUGCUCUCAAGUGCUCUGUCCAAGGUUUGUCCGCAAUAACAGCCUCUGCACUUGAGGAGGCCUUUGAUAGAGUUGUCGUGGGUUUAAAGGGUAAACCUCUGAUUAAUGAGCGGGAAAGGAAGUCAACGGCAUACCAUGAGGGAGGCCACACUCUAGUGAGUCUCCACACAAACUCCGCUACUAAAGUCCAUAAAGCGACUAUUCUUCCAAGAGGUAACACUCUAGGAGUCACGUGGAAAAUACCGGAAGAAAAGAAAGAUACUAGAAUGAACGAACUCAAGGCUGAAAUUGAUGUCCUAAUGGGUGGAAUGGCAGCCGAGGAGGUUAUUUACGGGAAAGAAAAUGUCACAACUGGUUGUCAGAGUGACUUAAAGCGGGCUACUGAAAUUGCAAAGACUUUGGUUAUGCAGUUUGGAGUUGGACUCAAGGACGUUGUGGGUCCCAUGUUUGUCGACACCCAGAGCUAUAAAGAAUUAAGUGAAGACUUAAGGAAGAAAAUAGACUCAACAGUCCAAUCAAUUCUCGAUGAAUCAUAUGCUAGAGCUGUUACAAUCAUAAAGAACAAUGUUAACCAACUCCAUAGGCUUUCAGAAGCUUUAGUGGAGUAUGAAACUCUAAGCUACGAUGAGAUAUUGAAAGCCAUAGAGGGAAAACUGGAGAUGGGUGUACUAAGGAUUAAUCCUCGUGAACAGAAAAACAAGGUUUCCAACAUUAAGAUCAAGUCAACUGGCGACUUGAUAACUGAAACUCAAACGCAACACUCAUUUAAAUCUAACUAAUCUACAAUCUUUCAUGUUAUACUAUUAAA